AUGUUUCGUUCUGCAUCGAUCGCCACUUCGGUCACUUUGGUGAAUGAUGAAGAUGAUUUUUUCGCACCUCAGCAUAUGCCAUCCAAUUAUGGAAACCCACAUUACAACCAACCAGCUCAGAGUGUUUAUACUCCAAGACCCCAGAUUCCUCGUCGAUCAUUGUUCCCACCUUUACCACCAGGAUAUGGGGUUACAGAGAGAAUCCCUAUUGAAACCUUUCCAUAUCAUUGCAAUUUCAGAGAGUACGAGAAGAAAAAGGAAGAAGAAAAAGAGAGGGUUCUUCGGGAAAGGGAUGAGAUGUACAGAAAUGCCGAAGGUACCGCAGUAUGGGAAGAUAUGCCUUGUCUAGUGAAAGUUGUGGUUUGCAUUAUUCAAGCGUGUGUGGUGUGCUUAUUGAUUACCGGUAUUACUUUUUUCGCGCUAGAAGUAUUUUUUCCUUGGGCAUUGGGGUUAGUCAUUACUGGGGGAGUGCUCCAGGUGGUUCAUUCUCUAAUUUUCUGGACGUUUUUGUUCUUUAGGUUUGAGCUGGAGGAGAAGGAAAAACUCCAGGCCAAACAAACCGAGGGAACCAAUGAAGAAUCUCACGCCAAUCCAUCUCCCGAAGGGAGCGUUGCAGAAUCUCAGGCCGCAGAAAAUAAGCAAGAAUCCCAAUCUCAAGAAGAAAAUUCCAAUGAACCUCUCUCAGAUAUUUCUAGAUCGCAUCUCUUUUGGAAAUUUGUUUGGUUAUCUCUUAAAUUUGGUAUUAAAUGGCUUUUUUUGUUUUCACUUAUGGCAUUUUCCUCUGUGAGCUUGGCUUUACUCAUCACUUCAAUAAUAUUUUAUUGCGGUAACAGUCAUGAAAAAUUAAGAUUUCCAUUUCUUAUUGUUGGGUGUUGUGGUCUCGGAUUUGGCGUGUGUGUUUUGCUUUCUCUUCUUAUAUUUAGAUUUUUCGAUCAUGGUCUUAGUGUCUCUUUUGGAAAUAUCGAUUACGUGAAAUAUGGCGAUUACCUUGAAUGA